AUGGUGAACGUCUGUGCUGUUUUAAAAACAAAUGUCCACGAAAAAUCAAUCCAGAAGGAUUUUUUAUCCAAAUUUUCCGAUUUUCUCGUGACUCUGACAGGAGCAGACUUAAAGAAUAUAACCCUGGAACUGUAUACUGAUGUCACUAUGAUGAGGGCUGGAACCACAGCUCCCAUGUUAAACAUCGACUUCGUACACAAUUCACCUCAGAUAGACCAAACGUCUAAAUAUGAAUAUGCCAAUAAAAUAACUCAGUUUAUUUGUAUUCAUCUUCAUAUACCAGAGGACAGACUUCAACAAAAGGUAGAUGAUGAAUUACAUUAUAUUAAUAAUUCACAGACAAAAAUACAUAGAACUAACAGAACAUGGUAA